UUACAUAUCCACCACUAUCAUCAUCAUCAUCAUCAGAGGAAGAAGAAGAAGAAGAAGCAGGCAUGUUCUCCACUUCUGGUUCUCUACUGCUGGUUCUGCUGGUUCUUGGCUGCCUUCAGUCCUACACAGAUGCCAACAUGGGAGCGAAAACGCCACAAGAAUGCUGUUUUGAUUUCUACAAAAAGGCGAUUCCUGCAACAUAUAUCACAGAAUACGAAGUAACCAGAGACGACUGCACGAAAUCUGGUGUCAUUUUUAUCACCAGAAAGAAGGCUCGUGUGUGUGCUGACCCUGGCUUUAGGUGGGUGAAGCGGGCCAUCGAGGUCCUCGACAAACGCAUGUACGAAACCUCCACCUAAACCGAGCAUCUUGUGGAAAGGAAGUGUUUUUAAAUACAGAAAUAUCUGCUGGUUUUUAUUAAGCUUAUUAUUUGAUAUUUUUCGACUUAUUUCAGGAAAACCUGUAUGUGUCAGUACAGAAGGAGGAUUCCAUUAUACAAACUCUGUAUCUCUCUAAAAUGAUAAUCAGCUUUUCUCUAUAAGAUUUUCCUUGUAAUACAUAUUCUA